GACAUUUUGCCGAUAUCAUUAAGUUCGGAAACUGUAACUCCUGCCUCUGAUCGAACACGAAAAUGACUAGACUCAUUUUCAAUAUUUUCGUAUUAGGUUUUGUGCCGUGCGGUUAUUGUGCGAACGUUUUAUUAAUCUUUCCCAUGCCAGGAAAAAGUCAGUACAUAUUGGGAAAUGGUUUGGCAAAGGGAUUGGCGAAACGAGGCUUUAAUGUUACCAUCGUAAGCCUGUUUGAAGAAAAACACCCUCCGGCAAACUUUAACCAAAUUGUCUUGGAUGGGGUUCUAGAGAGGUUGACAGAGGAUCAAAUUAAGGAAAAUUUCAAUUUCUUCGCUUACGGCGACACUUCGCCGGUCGGACAGAUACUAUAUGUGAAGGGCAUGUGCGAAGAAAUUACGGAAUACUUUUUCGCACAUCCAAAAGUGCAAAUCCUGCUCAAAUCUCAAGAACGUUUUGACGCCGUCGUAGUAGAACUAUUUGAAAACGAUGCCUUGACCAUUUUCGCUCAUCACUUUAAAGCGCCCUUAAUAAUUAUGAGCAGCUUAGGUCCAAAUUUCUGGAUAAACGGUUUGGUGGCAAAUCCCGAACCACCCGCUUACGUGCCGAAUUUGCUUUCUAAUUUUAAUAGCGAAAUGAACUUCUCUCAACGCCUCUACAAUUUUUUUAUUGGAAUAUUUUGCCAAUUGAACAACCAUUUUCUGAUUUAUCCCACCCAAAGCAAGAUACUGAAGAAAUACUACCCUGAUGGUCCAAACCUCAGUGAAAUCAUCUAUAAUGUGUCCCUGAUCUUUCUGAAUUCGCACGAAAGCAUUCAUGAACCUGUACCGAUAGUUCCAAAUAUGGUUCAAAUCGGAGGGUAUCACGUUGCCCCACCUAAAAAUCUACCGAAAGAUUUACAAGAUUUUUUGGAUAAUUCAAAAGAAGGGGCGAUAUAUUUUAGUUUGGGUUCCAAUUUAAUUCCAUCUCAAAUGCCUAACGCUACGAGAGAUGCAAUUUUGAAGGUUUUGGGAUCCAGGAAGGAAAACAUUUUAUGGAAAUGGGAUCAAGAUUCGUUACCCAAUCGGCCUCCAAACUUCAAGCUGUCCAAGUGGUUUCCUCAGCAAGAUAUAUUAGCACAUCCAAAUAUUAAGCUAUUUAUCACUCAUUGUGGUCUAUUGAGUACCACGGAGACUGUGUAUUAUGGAAUACCCAUUCUCGGAUUUCCCGUCUUCGGAGAUCAAAAGUUGAAUGCCGCCCGAGCAGCAACUCUCGGAAUAGGAAAAUUUAUUCCAUUCUCAAACAUAAAUGAACACAAUUUGGAGGAAGCUAUCAACGAAAUAUUGGAUAAUCCUAGAUACUUACAGAAUGCAAAAUACAGAUCCCAGCUAAUGCAUGACCGUCCAGUUAAACCAAUGGAUUUAGCCGCAUACUGGGUCGACUACGUCAUUAGGUACAAGGGGGCACCACACCUGCAAGUAGCGGGAGUUAAGUUACCAUUGUACAAAUAUUUGAUGCUUGAUAUUCUCGCAGCCAUAUUUAUUAUCUUGUUCACGCUUUUCCACUCAGUUUACAGAAUUUUGAAGUAUUGGAGGGCGGCAAAGAUAAAAGAAAAGCAGAACUAGUAAUAACUUGAAAGUGUCCGAAAUAUAUUAAGCAGUGUAUAAAAGCGAUUUGCUUUAUUAUACCAAUGACAAGUCCACACCUGCAGGCGAAUACUUCAUCUUAGGCCAUCAAACAAAUUUGGUGCAUACUCGCCGUCAUAGAAACUAAACAAAAUCAUUCAUUUAAUUCGUUCAAAUUAUGAUUCAUUGGAGGCUUACUAUGCGCAAGUGUGGUAAACGGCACUUGAAACUUGCAGUUCGUAUAACCAAAUCUCUACAAAAAGCUUCCAUCCACCUAAAAAAUAUAUUUUAAAAUAAACAUUCUCUUAAACAAUCUUGCCGAUACUUGAACCAUACCUCAACUAUUAGAAUUCUGUACUAUUCUUACGUGAGAUCUAAAUUAGAUAGAAUUGAUGUGGCGUCCAAUACAUCAAUUUCAUAUUGAUACUGUACAUAUUAAAUACUCCCCUUUUUAGGAAGAUAAUAUAUAUCUUAGUAGAUAUGCUACCUGCGUUCAAGAAUAAA